GAUCGGCGCGACCGGAUUGGGCAACUUGGCAUGGGGCGGGGCCUCUGGGAGGCGUGGCCUCCGGCCGGCUCCUCUGCUGUUGCCAAGGGAAACUGCCGCGAGGAGGCGGAAGGAGCAGAGGACCGUCAGCUGGCGUCGAGGCGGAGCGCGGGAACGACGGCGGCCAUGGCGGCCUCGGGGCCCGGGUGUCGCAGCUGGUGCUUGUGUCCCGAGGUGCCAUCCGCCACCUUCUUCACUGCGCUGCUCUCGCUGCUGGUUUCCGGGCCUCGCCUGUUCCUGCUGCAGCAGCCCCUGGCGCCCUCGGGCCUCACGCUGAAGUCCGAGGCCCUUCGCAACUGGCAAGUUUACAGGCUGGUAACCUACAUCUUUGUCUACGAGAAUCCCAUCUCCCUGCUCUGCGGCGCUAUCAUCAUCUGGCGCUUUGCUGGCAAUUUCGAGAGAACCGUGGGCACCGUCCGCCACUGCUUCUUCACCGUGAUCUUCGCCAUCUUCUCCGCUAUCAUCUUCCUGUCAUUCGAGGCUGUGUCAUCACUGUCAAAGCUGGGGGAAGUGGAGGAUGCCAGAGGUUUCACCCCAGUGGCCUUUGCCAUGCUGGGAGUCACCACCGUCCGUUCUCGGAUGAGGCGGGCCCUGGUGUUUGGCAUGGUUGUGCCCUCAGUCCUGGUUCCGUGGCUCCUGCUGGGUGCCUCGUGGCUCAUUCCCCAGACCUCUUUCCUCAGUAAUGUCUGCGGGCUGUCCAUCGGGCUGGCCUAUGGCCUCACCUACUGCUAUUCCAUCGACCUCUCAGAGCGAGUGGCGCUGAAGCUCGAUCAGACCUUCCCCUUCAGCCUGAUGAGGAGGAUAUCCGUGUUCAAGUACGUCUCAGGGUCUUCAGCCGAGAGGAGGGCAGCCCAGAGCCGGAAACUGAACCCGGUGCCUGGCUCCUACCCCACACAGAGCUGCCACCCUCACCUGUCCCCAAGCCACCCUGUGUCCCAGAUGCAGCACGCCAGUGGUCAGAAGCUGGCCUCCUGGCCCUCCUGCACCCCCGGGCACAUGCCCACUUUGCCUCCGUACCAGCCUGCCUCUGGCCUGUGCUAUGUGCAGAACCACUUUGGUCCAAACCCCACCUCCUCCAGUGUCUACCCAGCUUCUGCGGGCACCUCCCUGGGCGUCCAGCCCCCCACGCCUGUGAACAGCCCUGGCACUUUGUAUUCAGGGGCCUUGGGCACACCAGGGGCUGCAGGCUCCAAGGAGUCCUCCAGGGUCCCCAUGCCCUGAGAGAAUUUCUAGGGAAGUCAUCUCACUUGGCCUUCUGAAGGUCCUCCCUAAGAUUCUCCUGACAAAAGUUACUUAUUGAACACCUCUAUGUGCCAGGCUCUGUGUUGGGUACUUUGAUCAAUGUCCCUGUUUCAGUCUCAUCUGUACUCACGGCAGCCCUGUGGAGUACAGUGUACUGGCCCAGCUUACAGAUGCAGAAAGCGAGACGUUCUGCCAUCAGAUAAAGUCACGUGGCUCUUUAGUAACACAGACAAGGCUCCUUGCCAAGGAACUCGUGGCAGAAGAGGGCAGCAGUUGGCAGUAGCUGCCAAUGUCUGUCCCCAGCUCCACCAUUCCUCCCUGUGGCUGUGCCGUGCUCGUGGUUACAGUGUCCGUGUGUCCAUGUGUCUGUCUGCCCUUCAGGAGCUCGCAGCUGGUGUGCUUGGCGGUCCCAGGCCUGUGUAGUGUCUCUCCCCUGCUGCGGGCGCCCCUACCCCGAUUCCUCUCCCCAGAAGCGGUGGGAUGGGCCCCCAUGAACUGCAGCAGCAUGCUGAGGUGUCCAUGUUGUCUGCCUUUGUAUAAAGAAACAGUCUCUGA